AUGGAUGACUCGUCGCUUCGCCAUUCCAUCUCCCUCCACCCUCAUCCCUUCAAUCUUUCUCGCGAAGACAUCCGCCUCUCCGCACGCACACCAUCAGCUGUCUUGCCCUCCGACGAAGCAGUCGUCUCGGCCGUGAAAGGAAUCACUGAUACUGAGAAUAUCCCCUCCGAUGCCGAACGAAAUUCUCUACGACGAUACACUUCAACAAAUGAUCCGCUUCAAUUAGCGUCAAAGCUCAAGACCGAGGAAGAAAUCAAGCAGAUUCGCGCCAACACGUCCCGAAAGCGAGAUCGUGUCACUCCAUCGUUCAUUGGAGAUAGAUUGGGAAUAACCUCGUCAGGCAAACUGCAAGAGUUUUAUCAAGUACAGAACGAGAACAUCGAGCGGUUCUUGACCCCCGUCGAAGAGCAUGUCCGGGCAGCCAAGGAGUUCAACAGCUCAAACCAGUUGAAGUACAAAAUUGCGGUAUGGGGUAGUUUUGCAGCCAAUGUCGUCUUGUCUAUUGUCCAAGUGUAUGCUGCCAUAUCUUCGGGCUCGUUGUCUCUCUUCACCACUAUGGCGGACGCGAUUUUCGAUCCCAUGUCGAACAUCACCCUCCUGCUAUCGAACAAAGCCGUCACACGAGUUGACCCUCGCAAAUUCCCCGCCGGCAAGGCACGUAUCGAAACCGCGGGAAACAUUUGCUUCUGUUUCUUGAUGACUGCAGUAUCCUUUCUUAUUAUCGCCUUUUCGAUCAAACAGCUCAGCGAUGGAAGCACUGAACAAACAACCAGUCUCCACCUCCCCUCCGUCAUCGCCGUCAUCGCCGCCUUUUGCACCAAACUCUCAUUGUUCUUGUACUGCUGGGCAUUGCGUAACCAGUAUUCACAAGUGCGGAUUCUGUGGGAGGACCAUCGUAACGACUUGCUUGUCAACGGAUUUGGUAUCUUGACGUCGGUUGGUGGAAGUAAGCUGCGCUGGUGGAUUGAUGCCACAGGCGCCAUAUUUCUCUCGUUCUUGAUUGCAUUUUUGUGGUUGCGGACGUCUUAUUCGGAGUUCAUGUUGCUCAUUGGAGUGACUGCAGAUACACAGAUGCAGCAGCUGAUCACUUAUAUCUCAAUGACACAUUCACCCGCCAUCACAGCCAUCGACACAGUCCGUGCUUAUACCUCUGGACCUCGUCUGGUCGUCGAAGUCGACGUUGUCAUGGAUCGCAAUGCGACACUCAUGGCCACACACGACGUUGCCGAGGAGUUGCAAAUCAAGCUCGAAUCAUUGCCGGGCGUCGAGCGUGCUUAUGUUCAUGUCGACUAUGAGACAACCCAUAAACCAGAGCACUUUUUGAAGAAGGAGCUGUAA